AUGGAGAUCUCUGGAAGCGCAACGCACUCGACUACCAAAGUCGACGCAACGACAAGUACAGCUGCAACUGGUGCCACACAAACAAUUGUGCCCAGUGCUACCGAGCUGGGGAGCGAAAACCGUACACUGUCGGUAGCUGGCAACCAAGAUGCAUCGAUGGCACACGGGCCUCAAGCGACACCGAAUGUUUCAUUUGGAGGAUUAUCUGCAUCGAACUUGACAGAGACAAACACAUCCUACGAACCGCCUGGCGAGUCCAGGUCCAAGAGGAUCAACAGCGGCACCGUCGAGCGAACUCGACAGCGGAAACGUCCCCGCAGUGCUGUCGUGACGAUUUCCGAGCGAGAACUCGGAAACGCUUGGCCUUCCAUUAAAGCCAUUCUGUUGAAAGCGAUCGAUGGCAUCCAAAGGCGUGACAUACAUCGAAUAUUUGCGGAGCCCGUCGACCCGGUAGCCGUUCCCGCCUAUCUAGAUAUCAUCAAAGAGCCCAUGGACCUGGGAACGAUUAGACAGCGGAUCGAGAGCGCGGCGUAUACGAGCUUCAGCCAAGUGCUGCAUGACUGCGACUUGGUCUGGCGUAACUGUUUCCAGUUUAACCCACCAGACUCCAUUUUUUAUCAAGCUGGCAAGGCUUGUAAACAGGAAGCACGGAAAGCCUGGAAAAAUGCCCGAGAACGGCUUCUUCGCCUGCGGAACGAGCCGACCUUGCGAGAAGCCGUCGAGCGCUUUCUGCGUUCGCAUCCACGGCAGAGUCGCCCUCGAGCACAUGCCAAAAGUGAUGCUUCAUCCUUGAAUGAGUCACAACAGGCUCCAGUCGGGAGCAAUGAGCGGCAGUUAACUGGCGACGCUGCAGUCAGCUCGUAUACCCAACGUGCUUCGGUAGUCCCUGAACGUUCCGAUACGAGCACGUGGCCAUCGACGGUGCGCUUUCGAGCGAGCUGUCUUCCUAGCGAGGACUCGAGUCCGGGGGAGUCGUCAGCGGAGCAGCCUCGUCGAACUGCCGCCUCAACCGCACUCGUGCCUGCGGACCGUGAGCAUUCUACGACUGGUCAGCCGUCGAUGCUAGCGAUUCGCAUCUCACUUCUCGAGCAGGGAUCAGUUACCGUAGCCUCGCGAAACAUUGCCUCUCAAAGCGAUGGCGGGAACCAAACCAACCUGACGCGGAGCGAAGCGUCUGCGGUGAAUGAUGUUCAAGGGACGGAAGCGGGUGCCGGCGGGCCUCGUUAUGCCAAAAAUGAAUCUAGUUCAGGGAGCGGUGGCGCUCGCCAGCCGCUCUGGCUCGAACUCGUGCAACAGCAGCAUCGAUGGUGGCCGUCUCUCCUCAGUCGGAUCUCCUCCUCGUAUCUGCAUCUCCAAGAGGUGAUGGCCAAAGAGUGGCUGCGGCAACGCUAUUCGCGCUCUGCUGCGUUGAAGGAUACGAAUACUGGUCUGGUGGCUGGACCAGCGCCUCGUUCGGCUGUUUCGUUUCGGCACCUGCUGAGUCAGAUCUCGCGGAAACGGCCCGGAUGGUCGCUUCGAGAGCGUCCGCUUACGUCGAUAACGACAGCGCCGUUCACGGUGCGCCCAACAGAUCAGGCAACCAAGGAAUCGUCGCGUUCACAAUGCCCUCAUGAGGAGCAUCUGCACGGAGAUUCGGUCGGAGCAGCGAGUCUGUACAGGGCGAAUCCCUGUCGACCUCUGCAGGGACGCACCUUUUUAGCCUUGGAUGCUUACGCAAACUCGUUGCGUCGCUAUGUGACGGAUGCUGGCCUCAUGGCGCAUCGAAUCGUGGAUGAGCUGCUAUCACCGGAGAAGGAGCACGAGCGACUACUUCAACAGUGGAAAAAUGAUGUGCUUGCCUGGGAGAGAAAGCUUGAAGAUGAGCAGGAAGCUCGCUUAGCACAAUUUGAGCGAUGUUAUGGAGCGUUCCGUGCCAAAGUACAGCAACUGCAACACGACGGUCUCGACCUAGACUGGUUACUGGAUACUGUCUUGGAUCCGGAGCUUGCUGAACAGGUCGAAGCGGUGCCUUUGGACUCGUUGCGCGAAGACUUGCCCUACGGAGUGGCUGCUGCAGAGCUGCGCGCACUUCGAGACUAUCUAUGGGAACGCACGAAUACGCGCGGGAAGCGUAUCCCCUAUUUAGAGUCGAUGAUUCAGGUGACGGAACAGGCGUCCACGGCCGGUGCCGCAGCGUUACCCAGACGGCUUGUUGCUGCGGCUAUGGACGGGUCCUACGAGGAGACCCUCGCCCGGGCAAUGCCUGGCAAAGUAGCGCCAGCGGGGGCGAUAACGACCACAUCGACGUCGUCUGCCCAAGCUCUGGUACACAGCAGACCACUGCACCCGUUGACGGCCGCGAUGCAACGCCCGCUUGACGGUUUAGGCCGGGUUGCUGCCCCGGCAUCCACAGGACGAACAGCGAUACCAAGAACGUCCGCGAGUGCAGGCAACUUGAAAGUUGCGGUGAGCUCUGCGCUGAAGGGCAUGCGCCCGUCAUCCAGUGCAACCUGGGCUAAAAGCGCGACACCCGAGAUGCCCCUGAGCUGUGCCAACUGCGGUACGACAGAGACACCGGGGUGGCGUCAGGGAGAGAACAAGGAGCAGCGGCUCUGCAACGCCUGUGGCCUCUUCUGGGUCAAAUAUAAGCGGCAGCGGCCUCCGAAUUUGUGGCGUCACACCUCACGCGUACAGAAGAACUCGCAAGGCGCAGGCGGCGCGAGCGGGGAUCCCUUGAAUGCACCGGGCAGACCGAACGCUUCGUCGUCGAUGUCGUGA